ACUUUCUACACGCGCCCUAAUUCCCCACUUCCUUCGCCAUCACACACGCACUUCACGUCCACUCUCACAGAGUCGCAGUAACGGCGCCAACCGCGAGGCGCCAACGACGGAGAACUAGAAUAUAAACCCUUCAAUAACCCGGCACUUGCACAGUAUACUUUUCCCGCCUCUCACUUCCCAACAUUUCCCGCCCUCUGCAAACCCUAAUCCACGAUUCCCAUGGCGCAGAAGCACCAAUCCACCGCCGAUCCAGCCCCGGCCGAGCCCAAGAAACGAAGACGCGUCGGCUUCGCCAAACCCGAUGGCGGUGUUGAGGCCAACGAGUGUAUUACGAUUUACUUGGUCUCCAGCAAGGACGAGGUGGGUGCUUCUGAUGCUGCUCGCAUUACACCAAUUGACUUGAACAGUUUUUUUGAGGAGGACGGGAAGAUAUAUGGAUACCAAGGAUUGUCGAUUACUAUCUGGGUUAGCAGGAUAUCAUUUCAAGCAUAUGCUGAUAUUUCCUACAAGAGCACAUCUGAUGGAGGGAAAGGUGUCACCGAUCUUAAAUCUGCUCUUCAGAACAUUUUUGGCGAGACCCUACUUGACAGUAAAGACGACUUCCUUCAGACUUUUUCAUCAGAUGGAAAUUACAUCAGAUCCAUUAUCUCAAGUGGAGAAGUGUUGCCACAUCCUCUGACCAACGGGCAUGAUGGUGCUUCUACUCUUUCUGGAAAAGCUACUUCAGAUCUAGAGGUUGUUCGGAUGGUAAUGGACAAUCCAGAUGCUGGCAAUCUCUACAGUCGUUUGGUUCCUCUUGUUCUUCUACUUGUCGAUGGUAGUAAUCCAAUUGACGUUACUGACCCAGGAUGGGAGUUGUAUGUGCUAACACAAAAGAAGGAUCUUGAACAUGAAGAUGUUCAGUCUAGACUUCUGGGGUUUUCUGCCAUUUAUCGCUUCUAUCAUUACCCUGACAGCACUCGCCUCCGCCUGGGUCAGAUCUUGGUGCUGCCUCCUUACCAAAGCAAAGGCCAUGGUCGACAUUUACUUGAGGUGAUUCACAAUGUCGCUAUAUCUGAAGAUGUCUAUGACUUCACUGUGGAAGAGCCACUAGAUGCUUUCCAGCACGUCCGCACAUGCCUCGAUGUUCAAAGGCUGCUUGGUUUUGAACCAAUAAAGGAAGCUCUCAACUCUACUGUUUUAUAUCUGAAACAAGGAAGGCUGUCGAAGAAAACUCACGUUCCUAGAUUUGUCCCUCCUUCAAGUGCAGCUGAGGAUGUCAGAAGGGUGCUGAAAAUCAACAAGACGCAGCUAACACAGUGUUGGGAGAUACUGAUUUAUCUUAGCCUUGAUGCAAUUGACAAGUAUGUGGAUGAUUUUGAGAUGAUUGUUUCGAACCGGGUGAAGGAAGAGAUCUUAGGCAAAGAUGGUGGGAGUGGCGGGAAGCAAGUGCUUGAGGUCCCUAGUGAGUACAAGGAAGACAUGUCAUUUGUGAUGUUCAAGACCAAGGAUGGGAAACCAAGUUCGGUUGAGUUGGAUGAAGAUCAAACCAAGCAACAGGAGGAGCAAUUGAAGCAACUGGUCGAUGAAAGGCUCAAUGUGAUCAAAUCUGUUGCCCAGAAGGUUCAACUGCAGGUCUGAUCCAACUCAUCGAAACAAACAACACCAUAUGGAUUUAGGAAUUAGAUCAAGUUGUGAGGAUGAACUGAGGCUUUUGGUCAUUCAGAUAUUGAGC